AUGCGCUUCACUACCCUCUCCAUCCUUGUGGCGGCCGAUGCCAUCUUGGCAUCGCCCGUUGAGCGGGCUGCCAAGCCCGCCGCGACGCUGCCCUUGAAGCAUGUCAUCAACGUCAGCUCCGCCAGCGGCCUCAUUGCCCGCGGCCAGGCCCGCCUCAACAAGAUCAACGGCGGCAGCGGCCAGGCGGUCCUUGGCAACGUGGAUGCCUCUGGUCCGGCCCAGAACGACGACGUCAGCUACAUUGCCUCGGUCGCCAUUGGCAGCGCCAGCUGGAACCUGAUUGUCGACACUGGCUCCUCCAACACGUGGACCGGUGCGCAAAAGUCCUACGUGCCCUACUCUACCGGCAACGCCACCGGCGGCACCGUCUCCGUCAGCUACGGCUCCGGGCAGUUCUCGGGCAAGGAGUACGUCGACAAGGUGAGCUUCGGGGGGCUGACGGUGGCGUCGCAGUCGAUCGGCUCGGCGACGAGCUCGUCGGGCUUCAGCGGCGUCGACGGCAUCUUUGGGCUGGGCCCCGUGGACCUGACGCAAAACACCGUGUCCAACGCCAACACGGUGCCGACGUUUCUCGACAACCUGUACGCGCAGGGCUCCAUCGCGAGCGAGGUGCUCGGCGUCUACUUCAGCCCGGAGAGCGGCGCCGACACCAGCGACAACAACGGCGAGCUCACGCUCGGCGGCACCGACAGCGCAAAGUACUCGGGCGCCCUGACCUACGUGCCGACGCUCACGACCGGCGCCGCCGCGCCGUACUGGGGCGUCAGCAUCGCCAGCUUCAGCUACGGCUCUACCGUGCUCGCGUCCGGCGCCACCGGCAUCGUCGAUACCGGCACCACCCUCAUCUACAUCCCGUCCGCCGCCUACACCAAGUUCCUGUCCGCCACGGGCGGCAAGACCGACUCCAGCUCCGGCCUCGCCGUCUUCACCACCAAGCCCACCGCCAACUUUGCCAUCAAGCUCGGCAGCACCUCCUACACCCUGACCCCGAGCCAGUACCUGGUCCCCACGGCCCAGUACAGCUACUUUGGCCUCACCUCGGGCAAGUACUAUGCCUGGAUCAACAACGGCGGCAGCAGCGGUGUCAACACCAUCAUCGGCCAGAAGUUCCUCGAGAACUACUACUCCGUCUACGACACCACCAACUCUCGCAUUGGUUUUGCCAAGGCUGUCUAA